GGGGAGGAGGCAUGUGGUGGUGGAGGUGAGAGGGCUGUGAAGCUGUGGUUGGUGGACGUGGCUGCUAAGAUUGGGAGGUGCAACGUCUGGAAACGAAGGGCGUUGCUUGGUUGCGGUAAGGCGGGUACCUGGACGGGCACUUGGGCCCAUGACCAGUCACACGUGCGUGCACAAGGGCGGUCCUGCGUUGUCAACAAGCAUUCGGGUAGCGGCGUAGAGGGUGCGGGCCCUUCGCGAAUACAUAUACCGUCGUACUUCACAUGACCGACACUUGUCUUACUAAGGCAGGCAGGCAGUACGGACUUCUUACUGGACCUCCAGUGUAAUCCUCGCUUCCUAAGGCAGGCUCGCGCCUUUUGCAAGUCCGAGGUUUGCACGCUCUACAUCAUGAACACACCAGCAUACUCUGUGUGUCUGUUUAAGAAGCUGCCCAAACAUCCUGCGGAAACUUCAGGUUACAUAGCCCGUACAAACGAUUACCUGACGCCAAUUUUCCUCAACGCCAUGGCUGAUCUGCACAUGCAACACCUCGCCGUCUACGUAGCUGCAUUGACUACCUGGCAAGUUCCCCCGCAGUUAUCGGUGUGAAGGUCGCUUUUUGCUUCAUUGCGAGGUUUCGUUGUAGACAUUUGCGUAACGCAGUUAGCCGUGUAUUGGCUCUCGGAAAUUUAAGUUUAUGUGCACUGAAAGCCGUCAGCGCCGUUGGCCAUAGGCCGAAGGGAGACCAUGUCAGUUCUCCCUGUCCCUCACAACGCGGCUGCAAUCCAGCAAGCUUUUAACUUCAACACAAAUAACUUUUUACUUCCUGUUGGCGACGAACAUGCUCUUGAUUAUGACGACCUCUUCGCUUUUCUCACCGAUGGGGGCUCCUCAAGCGGAGUUGCGGUAUCCGACCGCGCACCAGAUUCGGGCGAUGUAGUUGCACAGCCAGCCCUUACAGAACGCUCGCCCGUGUUGUCCCACCAACUGCCGCCCGUUCCAGCGCAACACCGGGCUGAGGCUCCCAAUCCACAGCCGAAGAAAGCUGACACAAAGGCUAAUCGCGACGCGGUCUCCAAGCGUGUGCGAGGCGAUGCCAAUACAAGCAAAAACAAGCAGCAGAACCAGGUGAAAGAGCUUGAGGCCCUAGCGGCCCAGAAGAUCGCGGACUUGGAACGGCUGGUGCGGGAAAACAACGAGCUCAAGUACCGCCAGGAGCUGCUGGAGAAGGUGGUGCAGCUGCGCGACUGCCAAUUGCGGGUGCUGCGGGGCCAGCACGAACUGCCGAUGCCCUGGUGUACGGCACAAAACGAGGCCUGCUCGCAGUUGGCAGAGGCGGGGCCCUGCCAACCAGCCGGCAGCAGCGGGAGCAGCACCAGCAGCGGCGGCUGCGGUAGCGGCCGCUCGGUAGCUGCUGCGUUGCGCGUUCCGGGCGCUGCCUGCCUGCUGACCAGCCCCUGCGUCAAACUGCCGCCUGUGGACCGAGAGAGACGGGAAAGGUGUCGUGCGGGGCUCAAGAGCAAGCUCGGGAAUGUUUCGCACAAAGGGCACUUCUGGCCCCGCCUUGGUGGGGGGGCUCGAGGCGGCAAAGCUGCCGCUGUGUGUGCGGCUGGUUGUUACCCAUUACCAGCAACCCAAGGUGCAGUCGAAGCUGCAAUGCGCUAUCCAACACAAGCGCCCUCCUACCCCAUUUACCUCAGGUUCCGCUCCAUGGGCAAGCUGCAGCUGAUGGAGGGCUGGAAGCACUUCCUGUCGGAGGUCGCCACGCCGCUGCUGGCGCUGGAGUGCAACCCGGCUGACGAGGCGGCGGCGGUGCAGCUGCGGCAGCUGGCGGCGGAGGCGACCUACCUGUUCAAGCACACCAGCUUCUUCGCACCGGAUACCUUCAUGAUGGCACAGCAGACGCACCUGGAGACGGAGCAGGUCUGCUCCCCCGACCCCGCCCACUGGCAUGCCGUACUGCGCACCUUGGAGCUCAACCCCGAGCAGAUCCGCGACCUGCGCGCCGUGUUCCAGCUCUUCUCCGGCAUCAUGCGCGGCAUCCUGGCAGAGCGGCGGGACAUCAACGCGCACCUGGCCACGGGGCUGCAUGGGCCGCAUGCCAGCGUGCAGACCGCCAUGGAGCACCUCACAGUGGCGCCCGAGUGCGAGGUGUUCAAGUCCCUGCAGCGCAACAUGCGGCGGGAGAAGUCGGCUCACCUGCUGCUGCGCGGCUUCCUGUUCGGGCGCACGCUGUCCACGCUGCAGUUCGUCAAGGCGGCCGUGUACUCCUACCCCUGGUUCCCGGACGCAACAGCGCUCACGGCGACCGUGGCGGAGAGCGCGGACGCGGACAGCAGCAAUGCGUAGAAGAAUGGAGGAUGCACUGCUUUUUGUAGGACCUGGCAUUGUAAUAAUGGAAACACACGUAUGUGGAGGCAGCAGGAGGUGGAGGGAUGGGGCUGUGCAUGUAUGUGGGGUUGGUAGUACGUAUGCUGUGGACGGGCAGCUUGGGCGCUGAUGGGGAUGCGCGUUGGUGUUGCUGGGGUUGUAAGGGUUGAUGAGGGCGCCCGAUUUUGGGUUGUGGAGGGGAGCGUGUGUGGGGGGGAGGGACUGGAGUGGCGGGAGUAGGGCGUAGUGGGCGGGUAGGAGCGUGUAUUUAAUGCACUGCAAAGAGUAGGUUGAUGAGGUACGCAUCGGUCGGAUUCAUGUCAGGUCGUGGGGUCAGGGGUCGUGGCAGGGCCAGCGAUACUUGUAGGCAGGCAUUGGCAAGUAUGUACUGGAGCACUUGUGGGUAUGCUUGCAGCUGAUGCGCUGUUGGACAUGGUUAGUAUCGACACUGGGCAAUUGGCACUGAUUUGAAACGCAAGACGCCACUGGGUGGUGUUUUGCCACGACAGCAGUGUCUGGGGCAGCGUAGCCGGCACAGGAGCAUGGACUCCUCUCCCUCAGCGCCUCAGGCAUGCUGGCGUACAAGAAAUGACGUGGUUGCGGUGGCCCGUUGCCGCGGGUGUGGUAGCAUUGCAGCACACCUAAUGGACGCAUGGAUGACAUUGCGGGUGGCAUUGCUUAGCGAGGGGUACAACUAAGGCACCCAGCCACAACGUCUAGCGAGGAGGAAUGAAGCCAGGUAUGUAACGGCUAGCAACGAGGCAAGGGCCACCGGUAACCCUGUUGCAUUUGGACCAUCGUGUUUUGCUCCUAAUGGCCUCAGGGUUGGGCGGUGGGUAUGGGUGUUGCCUGCGCACCUGUUGUUUUUGUCGGUGGACCCGCUGUGCAGCACCGGGCGCAAGGUCCUCUUCUUUGUGCCCAUUGGCAAGCACGAGUGCUCAGCUGCUCACGUACGGCUACUGGGGAGCAGGCGUGAAGUCACCAAUGCGGAGGGCAGGCGUGAGCAACCGUCAUGCGGGUUGGGGAGUGAAGAAGGAGAAACUAAACUGGAGGGUUGGCCGCGCCAAGUCUGGCGCAAAGAGUGCUCUUAGAUUUAGUGCUAGUAAUCUGCUGUAGUUGCGUCACGUGCCGUACCGGUAUCACAUGAAGAAGUGCUGGUCAGGGCAGUUGUUGUAAAGGUCGAUGUUGCUGACAUUGGCGCCCGCGUGCCGAAUGGUUGAGGACGGGGCUAGGGUGGCUGCAAAUUGUUAAACGCUUUGGUUAACUUGCCUGUCAGGAAUACACAAGCCCACACGCAUUCACACCUCGCGUUCACGGAAACGUUGGCGAGAUGCAAUUAGCGGAUUAGAGUCCUACAGCGAGUCCUACAGCGUGCCAGGCCAGUUUACACCACCACCCUUGUUUACAAUCCUCAGCGACUAUUGUUUCCCACUGCGGGCCCUGCCCUUAUCUAAAUUCAUCUUGUGAGUGUCUUUGGUCAUUGUCCUGGAAAUCCCCUUUCUGGUGACUGGGGCUUAAUGUCUGGUAGUGCAGGGGAGUGCUCUGGUAUUUUACACGGCAGGCUACCCAGGCACUUGUUGGUUCUGCGGACCCGCACAACUUCGACUCUCUGAUAUAUUGCAAGUGACAUCGGUUAGAGGGUAUGCCGCGCCAGGUUAGCACGGAGAGUGCUCGCAAUGUCGCCAGGCGUGUCAUAUGUACGAGAUAUCCAAUUGAAGGGUUCCUGCCCCGAGGGUCGGUUGUUACUUGACGGCUGCAUCCCUGGGUGCUUCACAACAGUAUGCCUGGCUGGUGCGCUGUAUUGGGCACUUUGCGUUGAUUGGCUAAUAACUGGGCUUAUCCAAGAGACCCCCACGUGAAACCUACACUACUUGUCAGAGCUUCCGGCUCUUGAGUCUACCCUUCUCUUUACCCGUACGAUUUGUUGUUUGCGACAUACAAGGAAGUCUUUUAGCGGAAUAGGCUAACCACAGCAGACAGCACGUCCUUCCAGAAAGAUGAGCUCACAGACAGCAAACGAGUUGAUUGACGAGCUUAAAAGAGACGCUGACAAGGGAGAGCUGCUUUUCUGGGCAGCAGCGAGGGGAUUACUUGGCGAUGUCGAGGAACUCGUUCGGACGGGCGCCGACCCUAGCUCAAAAGAUAAGCAUGGUCGCCAAGCAGUGCAUUAUGCAGCGUCCCAUGGACACGAGGAGAUAAUAGAAUUCCUCUCCACCAAAGGCGUCGAUCUCGAUGCGGAGGAUAACGUUGGCCGCGGCGCACUGCACUACGCUGCAGCCGGCGGCCACGAGCGCUGUGUGGCCCUGCUGCUGGCAAAGGGCUGCUGGCGAGACGCCCCCGAUGGCGCCGAUGACUCGCCGCUGCACCUGGCGGCUCGCAGCGGCAGCCUGGGGGCUGUCAAAGCGCUAGCAGAGGCGGGGGCCAAGCUCUUCCUGCCCAACAAGCGCUCGCUCACCCCCUUCGCGGAGGCCGUGCUGGCCGGCCGCCUGGUCGCUGCCGAGUACCUGGGCGGGCGGGCGGAGGGCGGGCUGGCGGGGGCGCUGGCGGGCCGCUACCGGGGGGUGCCGCUGCUGCACCUGGCGGCGGGACUGGGGCAGGCGGCUGCCGUGGAGUGGCUCGUACGGCAGCCCCGCGGCGGCUGCGACCCCGUGACGGGCGCCGCCACCCCCCAGCAGCUCACCUGCCUGCAUGCGGCGGCGCUGUCGGGGGACGAGGAGACGGUGCAGACGCUGCUGAAGCUGGGCGCCGACCCGCUGAGUCAGACCCAGGACGGUCAGCUGCCCUUCGAGCUGGUGCCCCGAGUGGCUCCAUGCAAGGCGCCGCCGCCGCCAGCUGAUGCCCGGCUGCCGCUGCCGGAGGGCCCUAUGGAGGGCAGCGCUGCAGGUGCUGCUCCCGACCCUGCCCUGGUGCGGUCCGCACGGCGGGCGUUUAAAGCGCUUGCACGGGCGGCUGCGAAGAUGAGCGGUGUGGAGGAUUGGGGUAAAGCGCGGCGGAGGUGCCGCAGGGAUGCGG